UUUACUGGGGGUCGAUCAAUUGAUUCUGUUCCCGUGGGCGCUGGGGCCAGUUCUACUAUGCUUGGAGGCACUUCUUCUGCUUGGAAUGGCUAUGAGAGCGAAGAGGUCGAUCUGCUUCACUCACUUGUUGCACAGGCUUUCGACUGCUUGCCUGAAGAUGACGCCGAUGAUGACAAGGAAGCAGCUGGACUGCAUAGUGAAGCCAAUCAGGAUGGUGAGGCCGCCCUUAUAGGAGGCCAUGAGGAAAGAGAUGAUGAUGACGAUGAUGAUGACGACGACGAUGAUGAUGAUGAUGGCAACGGGGAUGGCGAUGAGGACGAAGAGAAUGAUGAGGAAGAAUUGGUCUCCAUGGAAGCCUUAUCAUCUCCAGCUCUGGUGACAUUUUCCUCAGGUAGUGCUUUGGGAGCUACUGGCACAGAAAGCCAAGUUAACAGUUGGCAACGCGGCUCCAGAUCCAGUGGUGGACGAAGAAUCUCCAGACAGAUCCCAGUUCAAGCUUUGCUCGAUCAGGUUGACGAUGAGGCUUUAUUUAAUCUGGCACUCCAACUGAGCCUUCGUGAUCAAGGAGGCCCCGGCACUGCCGCUCGAAUACAGGCGGAGGCUGAAGCUGCCGCGGCCUCAGCAGCUGAAGCUGGCAUUUCCUCUUCACACCCACAGGAUGAUGUACUGAUCGAACUUCUUACGAGUGCAGCCGAACCUGUAGCUUCCUACAACACGGAUGGAAAAGUUGAUACCAGCACCAGCUCAGCCUUUGCCUCUUCACUUCCUUUGAACAGCCAGCCUUUUAUUUUAGCCAGCACUGGCUCGUUACCAAGUCAGGUUUCUAAUGAACCCCAGACAACUGCAUUAGCAACCACCACUUCAUCUACUUCAAUGGUCCUUGCGACUGCUGUGUUAGUUCCUGCUGAGACCGAAUUUGUAAUACAGGAUAUAGCAUCAAUUCCUCAUUCUCUUCUUACGCCUGCUCCACUAUCUACCCCAGCCGAUGUAGUUCUUCCUCUUAUGGAUUCCCUAUCUGUCGCGCCGGCCAACAGUCCUACCGAGGGAGAGGGUCUUGAAUUAGCUUUGGCGUCUUCAAAUGCCUCUCAUCAAGACGGUCUCUCUCAGCCGCUAUUCUCAAGAGACGCCUUGCCGUUAGCCUCACAAGGUUGGCUCAAACUCGGUUUUAUCUCUGCAUGA